AGAGAAACAAGGAGAAAAGGUGGGAGCAAAAAGAAAUCGCGAAUCGUCAGUUCGAUCGAAAUCCCUUUCUCCUGUACUCGAGAUCAAAAAGACUGAAUAUCAAAGAGAGGCAAGAUGUUGGGAGUGAGUCAACCGGGAAAUCCACCCUCCAGCCUGCGACACUCGGCGAGCUUCUCUUGUUUGCAACGUGGUACAGCCAGCGAGGGACACAGGGCGAGGACCUCGACACUGUUGCAACAGCCCAGCCUGCAGCUGAGCAGCAGCCAUCACCAAUACUCAUCCGGCCAGACGUCUCUGCUCCAACAGUCUACAGGCACCGUUCAGCACCGCAUCGAGGCAUUGGAGGCCGUGCAGGACAGCAACGACUACGGUUUCGUGAAGAUUCGGCCACGUCUGCGUAGCACCAACGCUACCCUACACUACGAGGAAGAAUUGGCGGCUCAGAAGAACGCGCUGUGGGAUCGCGAUGCGUCCGCGUUCAGCGAUCGCGAAUGCGACGGGAACUACAGAGACUGCUCGUUGAAGAUCAAGGACCGCGAGCAUUCGCCCAAAGGAGCCUCUUCGAAGAACCAGAAUCCGCUCAGGGGAGCCCUGAUACUCUUUACAUCGACGUCGUCCUGGUGGAAAGCCAGGCAACGAGAGGAUCAGCUGAACGGUUCGUCUACGGAUCGCGCGUUGACCUCCACCACCGGCGCCGCGACCUCAUCCGAGCGAAAGUGGUCGAGUACCUCGAUGGCGUCGCCGUCGAAUGAAAGAAAGUGGCCGUCGGUGACCUCGCCCACGAACGACCGGAAAUGGUCGGUCGGCAAUAACGCGCUGACGUCGCCUGGCAACGAGAGGAAGUGGACCAGAUCGUCCGUCUCGUCCAACUCGACGGGACAGCAGGACAGGAAGUGGCGGUCUCUCGGAGCCCUGUUAAGGGCUCCCACUGGCACUGGUUCGCACGCCGUUCAGCACUCGCUGUCCCACAACAUGAGCGUCUCCAUGAUCGAAGGCGAACACUUCCGGGAGGACCUGAGAGGCUCCAGUUGCAAGUCGACGCGUUACCAGCAACCCACGUCCUAUUCUGCUCGCGUGUCACGCGUGAGUCGGGAUAUUUACAGAGAAAACGGAGAAUUCGGUCAGGCUGGAAGAUCGAAGGUCAGCCGUAGGUUGUAUCAGGAGAACGCUGACUGCGCCGACAGAGACGUGGAGGAGAGACACGUGCAGACUAGACACCAGUUCGACGAUGAGUGCAGGGGUCGGACAAAUCGAGAGAGUAUCUGCAAGGCGGAGCAGCAAAGCGUCGGGAACGACACUCGCACCACUGCCACCACGAGAUCCAACCGGGCGCAGAGCUUUUAUCUACUGGAUGAUUUUCUGCGGCCACAGCCGCAGCAGAACAAGUGCAUGCUGAAUGUCUACCUGUCACCGUCUCACUCCAAGUCGUCUGGCAACGGUAACGAUCACUCCGCUGGAAGAUCGGUGGACGUGAAGCAGGUCUCUCAGGCCAACGUAACCAACAUCACGCCGCCUCGUCGCCAUAACUCUAGCUCGGAUAGCCUCGAGGUCGCGACUAGUCCGCUUCCGCCGCCAGUGCCGCCACCGCCACCUCAGGUCUCCGCCAGUCGCGACAGAGAAAGGGCCGAGAAUUUCAAAGAGAAGGACGUGUGCCAGUGCAAAAUGUGCUGGACCAAUAUGCAGCAGAGAUCUUUCGUAGAAGAGAGUCCUGGAACGCUGCACAAAGAUGUCGGUGGUGCUGGUACCAAGGUCAGCGGAAAGACGGUCGGCGGUGUUGGCACUGCAACCCUCACCACGCUCUCCUCCAUUAAUAAUACAUCCAACACCAGCCAGAACAAGAACAAUCCUGUAUCUCAAGAGAUCGUCAUGAUUGAACCGUGUAUCGAGCUCGACGAGUCUCUGAUCAGAACUGUUACUGCAAUGACGUAA